UCUGAAGACUCUGUAGAAAACCCAAGAACUUCAAUAGAAAUAGUGGUGGAAACAGCAGGAUUAUUACCGAUAUUUCACUUAUUGUCCAACAAAGAUAUCAGACGUCCAUUAAGGGUCAAUUGUGAGGACAGGAGGAACCGGAAAGUUCUAUCUAUUGAAAACUUCAUGGAAAUCCACAUUCUUACGAAAGACGGUGAUCUGGAAUGGAAAUUAGAAAACACCAAACUAUGUGAAAACAGGGGGUUUAUUACAUUCGACGUGAACAACAUCAGAAAGGGUGUGAAGAAAGCCGUAGCUGUGAUGCUGUCCAACUACAGAAUAUCUUUUUCAGAACCAGACAACGAACAUUUAGAAAGAGAGAAGGAACUAUUACUUGGGAUAUACAAAGAUCGUAUCUACACAAAGCACUGGCGACAUAUUGGUAUAGCCCUUGGUAUGACUCAGCAUUACCUCAACAACGUGGAGAACAAAAAACCCCGAUCGCUUCAGGAGAAAGUCUGUAUUGUAUUGGGAAGGUGGCUAAAGGAUAACCCGUCCCGGUCUUUACGUCACGUACAGAGUGUCUGGAACUAACGCAGCAAUGAAGAAUGGAUUCAUGAAGAAUGGAUUUGUGUCUGGAACUAAAUCAGCAAUUUUCAAUUUCAAAA